AUAUUUGUAGACAGGCUAACAAAACGAGAACACUGCGAUACGCGGUCUGCGUUUCCAUAUUUGCGCUGAGAUUUCGCUCCUUGCGACAAUGCCUGCAGUUAAAUGCUUCACGAUUACAUACGACCUGCUGAAUGAGAACGGAACGUUUUCAGAGGGAGACAUUAUCACGGGAAAUGUAACUGUGGCCUUACAAAAGGAGACCAAAGUUCAGAGCCUGUAUAUUAAGGCCAAAGGGGACGCCGACGUGCGUUGGACGAGAAAGCGAGGCGACCGUACAUAUACAUACUAUGCGCACCGCAGAUACUUCAAACUAAAGCAGUUUUUACUCCCAGAGGACGCAGAUGAAACUGCAUUGUCUGAAGGGAUCCAUGUGUACAAAUUCAACUUUAAGAUACCAACAGGAAGCAUACCAUCAUCCUUCAGGGGAACUCAUGGAAAAAUAGUUUACAAACUGGAGGCCAAGUUGUCCAGGAGUUGGAGAAUCGAUUCCACAGCAGAAAAGGAGAUACGUUUUGUCUCCAAGUCUUUAACAAAUCUUCACUCUCUAAUGACACAGCAAAUUGGUUCAACAAAAAAGGAGAUGGGGCUUUUCUCAAAAGGACAAGUACACAUGGAUGUCGUCACUAAUAAGAAGGCAUAUGCUCCAGGUGAGACAUUAAUGAUUGUUGCAAAAAUCAACAAUUCUUCAUCCAGCGAGAUGAUCCCAAAAUUUAGUAUAAUCCAGAAUAUUGUAUUCCGUGCCAGAGGAGAUACCAGACAUGAGAACAACGUGAUCCACAAAGUGGUUGACAGCUCUGUUAAAGCCUAUACACAGAAGGAGGUCAAGUGCACCAUGAAGAUUCCCAGAGAUCAGAUGAUGACAAUUCAGAACUGUGAGAUUCUCUCAGUGGAAUAUCAUUUAAAGGUGUAUUUGGACAUCAGCUUUGCUUUCGAUCCGGAGGUCGUGUUCCCACUGGUCAUUAUACCUCCAGACUUAGCUCCUGGCCAUCUGAACGGAGGAGCGAUUGGGGGUCCAAGCCACAGCGACUUCCCUUCCCCCACAGUGUCUAUGGGUCCUUAUCCUGCAUCUCCUAAGUCAGGCAGCUACAGAUACCGAGGAGCCCAGAAUAAUUCAACACCUCCACCUGCCUACCCCAGUAGCCCACUGAUGUAUGCGGGUUCACCGGGUGUGUACCCCCCUCAGCCAACACGCAUGUAUGGGGCCUACAAUAACUCUCCACGGGCACCUUCUCCAUAUGGAUCUCCAUUCUCAUCUUCCUCCUCAUCCUCUGUGCUUCAUCCCCCACCAUCUGCUCCAGCAUUUCACCCUUCUCCAUCAGCCCCACCCAUCCAGCCACCUCCUCCCCGCCUGUCUCCAACAGCUCCCAUGUACAACCUAAUGCCUUCUGCACCCGCAAUGAACACAGACUUCCUUUCUCUGUCAGAUGAAGCUCCUCCAGCAUAUUCAUUACUUUUCCCAUCUUCUUCUCCUGAAAACUCUGAUGCUAAGUAAUCACAUGAAAGCUUAAUCAGUGAACAACAUAAAAUAUCAAGGGUUAACCAUAUUAAAGCAGACCAUCUAACAGUGUGAAAUGUAGAUGGUAAUUGUGUGUAGUAUUUACUGUGAGUGUGUUGGUACCUGUAUGCAAAGAUAGUGCUUUUGCACUGUGUGUGAGUCAUCUGGAUUAUCACUAUCACUUUGUUCAGCUGCUAAUGUUGUAACUGUAAACCUCAGUACUCAGGAAGCACUCCACACACCACUCCAUGUUACAGGGCUUGUUCACCUCCAAAGUCUUCUUUGUUUGAGCAUGAACCCAUAUUUGUUUUCCUUAACUCUCAUUACCAACAAAACUAAAACAUUGUCUUUGACAUUUGUGUUUUUUUCUUUUCAGCUGUAAACUAGUAACAGACAUUUAUGUUUGUGUAUUGUUAUGCAAUGUGCCUUUUGUACAGUGGGUGCUAACUUCAAUUGUGGAAGUGAAUAUGCUCUGGUGUGUCAAUACCAGAUUUGCUUAGCAGGGAAACAAAUAUAUUCUGAUGUAUUUUGAAAUGCAAAGUAAAAUGAUAACAUCUGACCAUUAUUUAUGAACUAACAGCUGCCUGGUGCAUGUCAGUCACUUUCCACUCAGAUGCAAAAAUCCCCUAUUGGAAAGCCACUAACAAGUUUUUUUUUAAAACAAAUGUAAGUAUUUCUCCCUUAUCUGUAGAUAUGAAUAAAGAUACUUGAAAUUU